UGAAAGCGGACUGCUCAGGCAGGAGGAAGUGCACACAGUACGGCUUGCUGUGUUCAUGUCCGCGUUGGGUCGUUUAUAAACAGUAAAUAUAUAUAUUUAUUUAUAUCAACGCCGACGUUAGAAUUGCGGGGUGCUGGGAUAUUUUCCGCACUGUCCAAAGAGCUUUGAAGGUUUAAAUUAAAUCGGAGUGGGCAGUGUGUGUAACUGGAGCAGCGUGGGUUAGGGUGGGCCUUGCCCGGAUAUCUGUCUGACAAGCAAACUGGAAGAAAAAAAAAAAAAAACCAAUAUCUUCUGUCAUCUGCCUGCUAGGAGUUAAAAAUAUCAAUUAUCUGGUACGCAUUUAAGUUGCCCUCCAAGUGGACUGAAAACCCCCUCAUGCAAAUGGCUGAUAACCUGAGCGAAGCCUUGAAGACGCUGAAGCUCUCAUCAGCAGACAGUGCGUCAGACAAUGUAGAGAGUUGCCUGGACUGCCUGCUUCAAGCUUUGGUCCAUAACAAUGUUGAAGCCAGUGGAAAAAUCCAGGAGAUGGGUGUUCUUCAAAUGAUGCCUUCUUUAUUGGCCUCACAGAAUUCCUGCACACCCAAAGUAGCCAACAUCAUAGCGGAGGUGGCUAAAAACGAGUUCAUGAGGAGUCCGUGUGUGGAGGCAGGCCUCAUCCCCCCACUGGUUCAGCUGCUCAACUGCAAGGACCAGGAGGUGCUGCUUCAGACGGGUCGAGCCCUGGGCAACAUCUGCUAUGACAGCCAUGAGGGCAGAAGUGCAGUUCACGAAGCGGGCGCUGCUCAGAUAGUAGCAGAGCACAUUAAGGCUCUGGCUCAUAACACUGACCCGGCCACCGGGAAGCUCUUGACUGUCUUUUGUGGCAUGCUGAUGAACUAUAGCAAUGAUAAUGACACAUUACAGGCCCAGCUGAUUAGCAUGGGAGUGAUCCCCACCCUGGUGAAGCUUCUGGGAGUCCAUGCACAUAACACAGCGCUCACAGAAAUGUGUCUCAUUGCCUUUGGAAACCUGGCAGAACUGGAAUCAAGCAAGGAGCAGUUUGCAUCUACAAAUAUCGCAGAGGAGCUAGUGAGGCUUUUCCGCAAGCAGUCGGAACAUGAAAAGAAGGAGAUGAUAUUUGAGGUGCUGGCUCCUCUGGCUGAGAAUGAUGUGAUAAAGCUGCAGCUGGUCGACGCUGGUCUGGUUGAGUGUCUGUUGGACGUUGUGGCUCAGACAGUGGACAGUGACAGAGAAGAAGACCUGGCUCAACUCAAAACAGCGUCUGACCUCAUGGUGCUGCUGCUGCUGGGAGAUGAAUCCAUGCAAAAGUUGUUCGAGGGGGGUAAAGGUAGCGUGUUCCAGAGGGUUCUAUCUUGGGUUCCAUCUAACAACCACCAGCUCCAGCUGGCUGGCGCUCUGGCUAUCGCCAACUUUGCCCGCAAUGAUGGGAACUGUAUCCACAUGGUAGACACAGGAAUUGUGCAGAUGCUUUUAGACCUGCUGGACAGACAUGUUGAAGAGGGGAAUGUUACAGUGCAGCACGCAGCCCUCAGCGCUUUAAGGAAUCUGGCAAUCCCAGUGGUGAACAAAUCAAAGAUGAUUUCGGCUGGAGUGUCUGACGUGGUGCUGAAGUUUCUUCAAUCAGAAAUGCCACCAGUUCAGUUCAAGCUGCUGGGAACGUUAAGAAUGCUUAUCGACACACAAGCGGAUGCUGCCGAACAGUUGGGAACGAAUCGCAAACUGGUGGAAAGGCUGGUAGAAUGGUGUGAGGCCAAAGACCACGCAGGAGUGAUGGGAGAGUCCAACCGCCUGCUCUCUGCACUGAUCCGACACAGCAAGUCAAAGGAAGUGGUACGGACGGUCAUUCAGUGCGGGGGUGUAAAGCACUUGGUGACCAUGGCAACGAGCGAGCACAUGAUCAUGCAGAACGAAGCACUGGUGGCUUUGGGUCUUAUAGCAGCACUGGAUUUGGAUUCAGCAGAGAAGGAUUUUGUUGGAGCCACUCUGGUACAGGUCUUACAUAAGCUGCUGACAGAAGAGAAGAGUGCUCCUGAGAUCAAGUACAACUCCAUGAUCCUUAUCUGCUCCGUCAUGGGCUCAGAACCUCUACAUAAAGAAGUACAGAGCUUGGCCUUCAUUGACGUGGUAUCCAAACUACGUUCCCAUGAGAACAAAACGGUGGCCCAUCAGGCCUCUCUAACAGAACAGAGGCUCACUGCCCAGAGCUAAAAGACUCUUUUUACACACCCAACACACACACACACACACACUCCAUCCAUUCUCUGCCUGCCAACCUUUCCUAUCCACAAUCUUAACCUCCUUCGAGUCCCAUCGUCUCCCUCUGUCAUGUGCCAAGGUAUUCAAUCCCACUCCAGCUCCAUUCACGCAUGCGUUCGACACUUCGUAGGACAUCGUAGACUGCCUCCUGCAAUAGGUUGUGCGAGUGAGUUAGGAAGCGUGCAACACACAAAAACAGACCAUAGCUGUGAUAAACAAAGCGUUCACAUCUCAUCGAGGAAGACGAAACCUGCAAAAAAAAAAGGAACAAAAUAAAAUGUCUAGACAAUAACAACAUGAGGGCUAGAGGAGAAACUAGCGCAGCCAUAUGUUCUUGCCGUGUAAACCCCACGUGUUCCGUGUAGCUUGAAUACCUGCUGAUUUUGACACCUGCAUGUUUUUUUUUUUUUUAAGUAGUCUGAUUUAAUGGUGCAUCUGUGUUCAGCUAGUUACACCUCGCUCUCUACAAUACACUUUCCCCCCCUUUAAUAUAUACACUAGUACCUGCCUUUGACAUGUUUCGAGUAGAGAUCAAAUGUGUUUGUACUGUAGGUGGGAUGACCUGAGCAGAGCAAACUCUUUACGUUCGAACCCCCUCAUGGUCCUAGUGCCACUUCUGUUUGUAGUCACUUUCCUGGAAAGAGCUAAUUCCAUAUCACUGGUCUGUUGAAUUUUGAAACAGAUUACUGUUGUCAUAUGGAUAUUAUGAACAAAUAAUAGCAUCUUGUUAACAAUUAAUAAGUAUUUCUAUUUGCCGCCCUUUUGUCAGAGUUUAUGACGAUGUCUAGGCUGCAUACACGUAGUCAGAAUAGUAAAAAAAAAGUUGCUUGACAUUACAUUGUUAAUAAUGUUAGGCUAUAUGAUCUGUUCUAUAGCACGCUGUUUAACACAACUGUCUUUUUAGCAGGCAUAACAACGCAAAUGGAUAUGGAUCAUAAGGUCUUUAAAUAUAUAAUAAGCAAUCAUGUCAAGUGUCAAGAAUGGGCUUAGACAAGUCAGUGCAUACGAGUGUUUUAUGUUCUGAGGUGGUUGAAAUUCUGCCAACAGUUCCACAAUCCAUGGCAUUGAGCAACAAUUCUGAGUGCCCGAGACGACGUGCUCUCUUCAGUGCUCGUUCUCAAAGGUGUACAUUUGAUACUGUGGUACAUUUUUAUUUCCUGAGCUGGAUUUUUUUGCAUGUGUACAGGUUUGUCUUUUACCAACCCACUGAGUAUCACGAAACAUGCCUUUCCAUUGCAUGUUGGGAUACCGUACCUCCCUGACGUGGUCACUUUAUGUACGGUAAAUGUUAUUUAUCAGAUUUGUAACCUUAAGGAACCACUCAGCAAACCAAUAUAUCUAUAUAAAACUGCAUUACAAAUAUUUAAACUCGAAUAGUUGUUGUAAAUGUCACUGAUUAAUUGUACAUUUGGCAGAUAGAAAAUGAUUAUUAAAGACAAUUGCUGGCGAUAAA